GCGAUCGCGGGGCGGCGGCGGCGGCGGGGCCGGGCCGGGCCCGGCGAGGCCGCGGGGCCAUGACCGAGUACAAGCUGGUGGUGGUGGGCGCGGGCGGCGUGGGCAAGAGCGCGCUGACCAUCCAGCUCAUCCAGAACCACUUCGUGGACGAGUACGACCCCACCAUCGAGGACUCGUACCGCAAGCAGGUGGUGAUCGAUGGGGAGACGUGCCUGCUGGACAUCCUGGACACGGCGGGGCAGGAGGAGUACAGCGCCAUGAGGGACCAGUACAUGAGGACAGGAGAGGGCUUCCUCUGCGUCUUCGCCAUCAACAACAGCAAAUCCUUCGCUGACAUCAACCUCUACAGAGAACAGAUCAAGAGAGUGAAGGACUCAGAUGAUGUGCCCAUGGUGCUGGUGGGGAACAAGUGUGAUCUGCCCACAAGAACAGUGGACACAAAGCAGGCCCAAGAAUUGGCAAAAAGCUACGGAAUCCCCUUCAUAGAGACCUCUGCAAAAACGAGACAGGGUGUGGAAGAUGCUUUUUACACGCUGGUGAGGGAGAUCCGGCAGUACCGGAUGAAGAAGCUGAACAGCAGCGAGGAUGGGAACCAGGGCUGCAUGGGACUGUCCUGCCUUGUCAUGUGAGAAGAUGCCAAGAAAACGUGGUUCAGGUGCAGCUGCUGGACGAGCCUCGAUCUGUGCUGCCUCUCCUGCUGCUCCCUGCAGUGUUUGGGUGCCACUGACAGACUCUGAGCACCAGAGUUAAUGAAUUAGCACAAGAUGAAGAGAAUUAAUUAGCUCCAUCUGAAGAGAACAUCCAUGGCAUCUACCUCCCUGCUCAGCUCACGGAGCAGCAGCACCUCGGGAUGUGCUGGGAUUCUUCUCUCACCGUCACCUGGCUUUGUUCCAGAAGGAAACCAGCCCCAGAAGUGAACUGUAGAGACUAAAUGCUGUGAAAAAGAUGACACUUUACCUCUAGAGUAAAAGCUAGAAGUGCUGUGUGUCCCCUGUCUGUUGGAAUCCAUGCAGUGCUGGUGUCACACGGGGUGGUGCCACCCUGUCCCCUCCCGGCUGGGUGUCUGCUCUCUGUGCACCUGUACAGCAAAACAAAUGCAACAUCUCCAGUGCCAGGAGUGCCGCCUGCCUGACCCUCCAGUGCUGUAAUAAAAAGGAAAACCUUUCCUAACUAAGUGCCUGUUUGCUAAGAAGAUUUGGAGUUGUCCCUUGGGUUGAGGAAAAACCCCCAAGGAGUGGAAUUUCUUGGGAGCUCAUUGUGUCAAGCAGGCAAGUGUGCUGUGGGUGAUCUGGGCCUGGCAGGAUCCCCCAGCAGGAAUUUGGAAGGUCCAGCAGGCACUUGAGAGACUUUUGGACAAGGGAGGGGACACACUGCAUCUGUGUUUUACUUUCUUUGUGGGUGGAACAGUUUAUAUUCUGUAUUGUUUUCCUGCAGCAUUCAGAUCUCUUCUAAGUUGGACCAAACCUGUCAGCUGUUCAUUUUUAACAUGAACUGCCAACGUUUCUGGGCAGCUUCUCACUAAUUAAUCUGGUAACUGGAGGUUGCUUUGGACAGCUGCUAUUCAGCUCUCUCUGUAACUUGCAAAUUGUUUUAUUCUGAAUUAUUUUCUUACCACAGACUGUAAAGAGUCUCUUCAAAAUGUC